UCCCCUCCAAUACCGUCCCCUUUUUUAUUUCAAGAAUUUGCUUCACCAAAACCCUCCAACUUAGGGUUUUCUCUUCCCCAAAGCCUUCGAAUUCUCUGCUCUCCGCCUCGCUAUCUCGGAAGAAUAAUGACUAGUGCUCGGGCGGUAGCGGCUGCCGGAGCCCUGGCAGCGGCGGCGAUGGCGGCGGAGCACGUCUACGCCGACGGCUUCUUCCAUUUCCCCGGCUUAUCCUCGUCCUCCUCCUCCACUCCGGCGGCGCCUCCGCCGCAGGCGUCCCCUGGGACCGCCCCCCCUCUUCCCGAGGUCGCGCCGAAGGAGGAAACUAGGGUUCGGAAUGACUACCCUCGUACAACGGCGGCGGGGUUUGAUCCGGAAGCGCUGGAGAGGGGAGCGAAGGCCAUUCGGGAGAUCGAGAAGUCGUCUCAGGCGAAAAAGGUAUUUGACUUAUUAAAGCACCAAGAAGAAACGAGGAAGGCGGAGUUGGCUGCAAAGAAGGUGGAGUUUGAGGCAAUUAAAGCUCAGCACGAGACCGACAGGCAGCGUGUGAUCUAUGAAGAGCAGAAAAAACUUACUCAACACCAGGCACAAACGAAGGCGCAAAUGGCUCGCUAUGAGGAUGAAUUGGCUAGAAAAAGGAUGCAGGCAGAGCAUGAAAGUCAACGAGCAAGAAAUCAAGAACUUGUGAAAAUGCAAGAGGAAUCCUCCAUCAGGCUGGAACAAAUACGGCGUGCUACUGAGGAAGAUAUUCAAGCCCAGCGAAGGCAGACAGAGAAGGAGAAGGCAGAGAUAGAACGUGAAACAAUCAGAGUUAAGGCUUUAGCAGAAGCAGAAGGAAGAGCACAUGAAGCCAAAUUGGCUGAAGAGGUAAAUAGAAGGAUGCUGGUCGAGCGAGCCAAUGCAGAGAGGGAGAAAUGGGUAUCAGCAAUUAACACAACGUUUGAACAUAUAGGAGGUGGUUUGCGAGCAAUACUCACUGAUCAAAACAAGUUGGUCGUAGCUGUUGGGGGUGUAACUGCACUUGCCGCAGGGAUUUACACUACAAGAGAAGGUGCUAGAGUGGUUUGGGGAUAUGUUGAUCGUAUUUUGGGCCAACCAUCUCUAAUCAGAGAAUCAUCCAGGGGGAAGUAUCCUUGGUCUGGUUUCUUCUCUCGUGCCAUGAGCUCAGCAUCACGCAAAAUGAUUAAAGGAAAGAAUACAGGAACAAACGGAAAUGCUUUUGGGGAUGUUAUUCUGAAUCCCUCCCUUCAAAAAAGAAUAGAACAGCUUGCCAGUGCAACUGCUAAUACCAAAGCCCAUCAGGCCCCAUUUCGUAACAUGCUCUUCUAUGGCCCUCCUGGUACAGGAAAAACUAUGGCUGCCAGAGAACUAUCUCGUAAAUCUGGUCUAGAUUAUGCACUGAUGACUGGUGGAGAUGUUGCACCAUUGGGCUCACAGGCAGUGACCAAGAUACAUCAAUUAUUUGAUUGGGCCAAGAAAUCUAACAGGGGUUUGCUGCUUUUCAUCGAUGAAGCGGAUGCAUUUUUGUGCGAGCGCAACAAGACAUACAUGAGUGAAGCCCAACGGAGUGCUCUUAAUGCUCUCCUUUUCCGCACAGGGGACCAAUCCAAGGACAUCGUUCUUGCCCUGGCCACCAACCGGCCUGGUGACCUCGACUCCGCCGUUGCAGACCGUAUAGAUGAGGUCCUUGAAUUCCCUCUGCCUGGGGAAGAGGAACGUUUUAAAUUGCUCAAGCUUUAUCUGGACAAAUACAUCGCAAAGGCUGGGGACAGCAAGCCUAGUUGGUUCAACUUGUUCCGGCGCCAUCAGCAGAAAAUAGAGAUCAAAAACAUAACUGAUGAUGUGAUUAGGGAAGCAGCGGUUAAAACUGAGGGGUUCUCUGGCAGAGAAAUUGCUAAACUGAUGGCCAGCGUCCAGGCUGCCGUUUAUGGAAGCACAGACUGUGAACUUAACCCAGGCCUGUUCCGGGAGGUGGUAGAUUACAAAGUUGCAGAGCAUCAGCAGAGGAGAAAGCUUGCUGCUGCUGAGGGAGGUGCUUGAUUUAUUUUUGUUCUUUUUAAUGAGUUUUUUCGGCCACAUCUUGUACUUGAUUGCUAUAUCGAAUAGUUGUUUUUUUUAAAUCUGCCUCUCAUUCAUAUAUUUCUUUGUACCCCUUGGGGGAUUUUGGCGAAAAUGUCAUCAUUAUGUACUCGGUAAUUGCUCAUCGGUUACCAAUAGAGCAAUUUAAACUGGUGUUACACUAUAACCUCUGGGUUAGAAAUAAACUUAGAGGUGCUAAUUUUCUUUGA